UCAUUUUUGGGUGAACUAUCCCUUUAAAUAGGUUUCAAGAUAAAUAAAUAUAUUAGUUAAAUUAUUUAGUUAAUAUUUAGUUUGAGAUUAUCUAUUUUGUACAGAUCAUCAGUAAAAUGGCUUAUUUGUCUCAUGCAGCAUCAUUAUCAGUACUGAACAAUGAUGAGAUUCAGUUUCAUCUCCUCUCUCCUGGUUUCAUUAGUAAAAGAAAAGAAGUCCAUGCUGUUUCUAGAGUAAGCUCCUCCCACUCGCAGCGCUGCAUGUGAAGCUCAAACUCCUGAGAAGAGUAGAAGUGAGGAGAGAGGGAGGGUGAACUGGAGCCUCUGAGGGACUCACAUCACGCAACACCGUGUGUUUGCUCAUAUCUGAGGAGACAGACAGCUUCUGUAGAUUUCCUUCGCAUGCUCAGCUCAGCUAUUGGGUCACAGUGGGACAGCAGUGAUGGAUUUCUCUGUCAGUGAAUGGACUGUCCGCUGGAGGCUUUGCUGCUGGCUUUAAGACCGUCUAUGGAGUUAUGCACUCUUCUGACAAGUGAUAAUAAUCGAUUAUUGAUGACUAUUAUCUUCCCAUAGUAACGAUGACGCGGUGAGUCCCGGUCAUUUGAUGGACUUGCCACAUGCGGGGUCCUUCGCUUCACUUCAGUGCUGAAUGAGGAGUGAAGGAUGCUGGAGUCGCUCAGAUUUCACCCGUGGCCUUUCGUCUUCGCUCACUGUUUGCUCUCGGCGUGUCUUCUCUCCUCUCAGGCGGAGCUCCAGUCGUUUUGCUCACAGCAUGACAUUAACACGGGAGGUGAAGGUCGCCAGCUGUUGUGCCACCGUCGGCCGUACCCGCCUCUGCCUCCUCCUCCUCCCCCUCCUCCUCCACCGCCUGCGCUGCUCUCUAUGGGUAAGACCCAGGGCUCUUUUUCCAAAGGCCACAUGGAGAUUGUCAUUCAGAUAAGCUCAUUUAGUUCUGCUCAGUGAUGAAACACACAAGGGCCAAGGGAAUUGAUUGGAUGGUUGUGGUUUGCUAUUGGUGGAUCUCAUGUGAGUGACAGGUUGCCCCGCCCUCAUCAUCAGAGAAGAGAAGAGAUGCUGCAAGAGUGAGGGGAAGUUAUUCUGACUUUAAGUCAUUUUUAGAGUUGUGAUAGCAGCGGUUUAAACCUGUGGAUCUCUCAUAAUAUCAUUAAGAAACACAAGAGAUGAAAUGCCUGAUUCCUGUUACACUCUCAUCUCUUCGGCUGCUUCGUAUUUAUAGCUAAUGUAUCUCUGAAUUCAUGGUGAUAUUUUUUAAAUCCUAAAAACUCUUAUUAUUAUUAUUAUUAUUAUUAUUAUUAUUAUGAUUUAAUCUUUGUUUAACCAGGAAGCCCCUCGAGAUGAAAUCUAUUUUUCAAGGGAGACCUGGCCAAGGAGACACACCAUUACAGUGUUUACAUGUGUUUACAUGUAGCAGCUUGCAGCUGAAACACAAACAAUACAUACAAUACAAUACUAAUACGGACAAAUGAGAGGAAAACAGAGAAACUUAAAUACAGGGAAAACUAAGGAAAUAAUGUCAAACACCUGUGCUGAUUAAUGAAUCUUCAUAGUAACUCAUUUGUGGUGGGAAACUAAACAAAGGAAAACAGAAACUAAUGAAUACAAACUUAAGGGCCCUAUUUUAAUGAAGUGCAUGGUCUGAAGCUCAUGGUGCAGGUGCACGUAGGACGUGUCCGAAUCCUCUUUUGCUUAUUUAACAACGGAAAAAUUGGUUGGCAUGCCAGAUUCAUGGUCCAAAAGGGUUGUACCUAGUCUGUAAAUGAGUCAUGGGUGUGUUUUAGUCAUAAUGUGUAAUAAACCGAUCAAAGUGUCAUCUCCCAUUCCCUUUAAAAGUGAGCUUGCACCAUGGCGGAUUCGAUAUUUACAUGGUGGAAUAUAGACACCCUCAACCUGACGGGUCAGUUUAAAUACAUGUGUGCACUGCCACGAUUGGUCAAAUAAUUAGCAAAUUUAUAUUUAAUAUUUAAACAACGUGGUGCAGGGCGUGAAAAUAAUGACUGCGUCGGGCUGAAACUAGCAAAAAACACUUUGCAUUGUGCCGGGUGUGUGAUAGGGCUUUAAGAGAGAAAACAAGAAACUAACUGAACAGAACCUUGAAAAACCUUUACAGUCUUUACUUUUAACAACCUUUUUUAAACUGUAGUUGUUAAUAUUUUGUUAAUAUAAUGUUAAUCAAACAACAAAAGACAAAGAGAAAAUCUCUCACUGAUCUUGACUCAAUAACUUUUGUAACUUUGUAAGGAUGAAUCUAUAUUUUAUUUAUAAAAAGAAAUUCGAUUCCAAUUUCUGAAUUUUGUUCAG